CUCCUCGUCCUUCUCCUGCUGCCUGCGCUCGCCGCCUCGUCCCGGCCCCGAGCCCGGGGGGCCGCUGCGCCCAGCGCUCCGCACUGGAAUGAAACUGCAGAAAAAGCCCUGGGAAUCCUGGCCGAGGAAGCCAAGACAUUGCAACAGAAUAGCAGCAGUAAUAUCAGCGACAGCAGUGCCAUGCAGAAGGAAAUCACACUGCCUUCAAGACUGGUGUAUUACAUCAACCAGGACUCAGAAAGCCCCUAUCAUGUUCUUGACACAAAGGCCAGACACCAAGAGAAACACAACAAGGCUGUCCAUCUGGCCCAGGCAAGCUUCCAGAUCGAAGCCUUUGGCUCCAAGUUCAUUCUCGACCUCAUACUGAACAAUGGUUUGCUGUCUUCUGACUACGUGGAGAUUCACUAUGAAAACGGGAAACCGAUGUACUCCAAGGGUGGAGAGCACUGUUACUACCAUGGAAGCAUCCGAGGUGUCAAAGACUCCAGGGUGGCUCUGUCGACAUGCAAUGGACUCCAUGGCAUGUUUGAGGACGACACCUUCGUGUAUAUGAUAGAGCCUCUGGAGCUGACUCAUGAUGAGAGAAGCACAGGCCGGCCACACAUAAUCCAGAAAACCUUGGCAGGACAAUAUUCUAAGCAGAUGAAGAAUCUCAGCACAGAUGGCAGUGACCGGUGGCCUUUGCUACCUGAGUUACAGUGGCUGAGGAGAAGGAAGAGAGCUGUGAAUCCAUCACGUGGUGUGUUUGAAGAAAUGAAGUAUUUGGAGCUUAUGAUCGUUAAUGAUCACAAGACGUAUAAGAAGCACCGUUCUUCGCAGGCACAUACCAACAACUUCGCCAAGUCUGUGGUCAACCUUGUGGAUUCUAUUUACAAGGAACAACUCAACACCAGGGUUGUCCUGGUGGCCGUAGAGACCUGGACCGAGAAGGAUCAGAUUGACAUCACCAUCAACCCUGUGCAGAUGCUGUAUGAAUUCUCCAAGUACCGGCAGCGUAUCAAGCAGCAUGCCGACGCGGUCCACCUCAUCUCGCGUGUGACAUUCCAUUAUAAGAGAAGCAGCCUCAGUUACUUUGGAGGUGUGUGCUCUCGCAUCAGAGGGGUUGGUGUAAAUGAGUAUGGUCUUCCAAUGGCAGUGGCACAAGUACUAUCACAGAGCCUGGCUCAGAACCUUGGAAUCCAGUGGGAGCCUUCCAGUAGGAAGCCAAAAUGUGAGUGCAUAGAAUCCUGGGGCGGCUGCAUCAUGGAAGAAACAGGGGUAUCCCAUUCUCGAAAGUUCUCCAAGUGCAGCAUUGCAGAAUACAGAGACUUCUUACAGAGAGGAGGCGGAUCCUGUCUUUUCAACAGGCCAACAAAGCUGUUUGAGCCCACAGAGUGUGGAAAUGGAUAUGUAGAGGCUGGGGAGGAAUGCGAUUGUGGUUUCCAUGUGGAAUGCUACGGAGUUUGCUGUAAGAAAUGCUCGCUCUCCAACGGGGCGCACUGCAGUGAUGGCCCCUGCUGCAACAAUACCUCGUGUCUUUUUCAGUCACGCGGGUAUGAAUGUCGGGAUGCUGUAAACAGCUGUGAUAUCACGGAAUACUGCACUGGAGACUCUGGCCAGUGCCCGCCAAAUCUCCAUAAACAAGAUGGCUAUGCCUGCAAUCAAAAUCAGGGUCGCUGCUACAAUGGGGAGUGCAAGACAAGAGACAACCAGUGCCAGUACAUCUGGGGGACAAAGGCUGCGGGGUCAGACAAGUUCUGCUACGAGAAGCUGAAUACGGAAGGCACCGAGAAGGGAAACUGCGGCAAAGAUGGAGACCGGUGGAUCCAGUGCAGCAAACAUGACGUGUUCUGUGGAUUCUUGCUGUGCACCAAUCUUACUCGAGCUCCGAGAAUUGGUCAACUUCAAGGAGAGAUCAUCCCGACGUCCUUCUACCACCAAGGCCGAGUCAUUGACUGCAGUGGUGCUCACGUAGUUUUAGAUGAUGAUACAGAUGUGGGCUACGUAGAAGAUGGGACUCCAUGUGGCCCAUCCAUGAUGUGCUUAGAUCGGAAGUGCCUACAGAUUCAAGCCCUAAAUAUGAGCAGCUGCCCACUUGAUUCCAAGGGGAAAGUCUGUUCAGGCCAUGGGGUGUGUAGUAAUGAAGCCACCUGCAUCUGUGAUUUCACUUGGGCAGGCACGGACUGCAGCAUCCGGGACCCCGUUCGGAACCCCAACCCCCCGAAGGAUGAAGGACCUAAGGUGAACAUGGCCACAAGCAGGCUCAUAGGGGCUGUGGCUGGCACCAUACUGGCCCUGGGGGUGAUUUUUGGAGGCACAGGGUGGGGAAUAGAAAACGUCAAGAAGAGGAGGUUCGAUCCCACUCAGCAGGGCCCCAUCUGAACCAGCGGCACUGGGGGGAUGCCACCUUGCACCGUUGGGUUCUGGGUAUGACGUGUUUUCAGCCAUGCUGCCGGAACUCCUGAGUCUGUAAACAAGACCAUUGGGUGGUAAUGACUGCACAGCUCAAAUGUGGGAAUGGGGAAUGGGGUCCAAGACAUCUCUGUCCCUUUUGGAUAUAACUUCAAGUAAACCCUCCUAUCACCUGUCAAUAAAGGGGAGGGGUUAAAGACCAUGUCAUUAAAACACACACACACACACACACACACACACACACACACACACACACACACACACACUUCAGAAUCCUUUAUUUUUUUCUUUUUAACUGAAGGAGAAAGGAACAGCAGCAAAGCGCAAUAAAAGAACACGUAGCAAAUGGUUUCCCCCUUAGCCUGCUGACACUUAAUAUCUUCUAAGUGAUUUGGCAUGAUUUUUUUCCCCUUUACUAUCAAAGACAAAUUCCAGUGGCAUGAAGAUCCAAUUUUGGAAAGGGUAAAAACUGCAUGGCAUAUAUAACAACAAGCUAGCAAGCCGAUCUUCAGCAAAACCUACCGUGGAAGUCCUAAGGGGAAGAUGAGAGAUGAACACGCAGACGCUGCCUGGGCCUGGAUAGUGCAUCCCCCCCACCCCACUCCAUCCCCUCGGCUCCCUCUCCCUCGACUCCACGUCCCUGCCCACUCCAGCCCAGCCCAGGGCAGCACUCAGCCAGACUGUACUCUUGUUGAUGCUCUUUUCCCCGUCAUGUUCUCUCCUGGACCAAGCAUCCUUUGGAAAUGGGAGCUGGAAUUGGAACAAUGCUAUUGUAUAGUCCUUUUAUAAGUGUAAAUAUGGAAAUAAGAGAUUUUGACAUGCCAUUUCCACUUGUCUGUAUUGAAAUGUUUUUCUUUGCAAAGAUUCUCUCUACACAAGUUUGUUGCUUGCUCCACAUCCUCUUUUUCCUUUCUUUCUCUCAUUUUCUUUCCUUCUUUUUCUCUGUCCUCUCUUAUAACAUGUCCAGUGAUUGCUGGGCUUGCUUAACAAGACAGAUGUAGCCCCCAGAUGAAGGGAGUUUGGGCACAGAACAAAGCUAGUCUGCUUGAAACCAAAAAGAAAAAAAAAAAAGCGGAGGACACAAAACAACCCAUAUCAAGAACACAAAUUAUGUAAAUGUGAGUAUAUAUGUACUGAUGAGUCUAAACUUUUUGAUGUCAUCCUAAGCACAUGUAUAUAAUGUAAGAAAACAGAGGCCCUUCUCAAAUUAAUCACAAAAGUGCCAAGCUCAUGAUUUUAGUUUGUGGUUUAGCCAGUUCUCUUUCCCUGUCUUAAAUGUGAAAGGAGGAGAAACUUAAAGCCUUAAAUAAAAAUUAAUAAUCUGUACAUGUUGAAAGCUUGGAGAAAAGUUAAGCUCUCCAUUCUGUUCCUAUGUAUUUUUUUUUUUGUCAAAUUUCCUUUCUGCUUUUCUGCCUCAGAACCUGCGUGACAGGACCCCAGUGUGGUGGGGCAGAGUAGCAGGUAGCCUUCUGGUCAUUUUGGCCUGUCAUUGGGCAUGGUGAUCUCGGGGACUCACUUGGCCCUCCAUGUUUUUCUGACCCAUGGACUCUGGUGGACUGUGAUGGGAUUCCACUACAGAGGAGCCCACACUCUUCAUUUUCCUCCAUUAGAUGGGGAGAGAGAGCCUUGGCACCCCCAAACUCUCCGAGUUUCCCUCAUCUUUACCCAUUUCUUUUUUUUAACAUAUUGCCAGGAUAGCUUCCAUUGAAGUGUUAGGGGGAACCCAUUCCUGAAGAAAUUCCCUCCCGGCUUUGUUUUAGAUGUCCAGACUUGUGCAUGAUAGCUUCAGUGAACCACCCUCUAGAACCCAGAACCCCAAGAGCCCCGACGGCCCCACAGUCCCUCUUUCAGGAAGAAGACGUCAUCCAAGGGAACUAUGCAUUUCUUCCCGGCCCUGAGUUCUUUUCUACAUUUAGCUCUAAACCCCUUUCCAGCAAGACUCAUGCAGUAAGUUUUACAAUUUUUUUUCAAGUAGAAGGGAGGAUUUCCUGAAAAUGGAUGGCUUAAAACUGGAGUUACCCCCCCCUCACCCUUCCUCCAAAGAUACCUUUAGUUAUUGAAGUUUCACACUCACAGGGCAGACAUCGCGAUUGCUAUAUGCUCCCCCACACCAUAACCUAACAUCGUAAUCCUCGGAUGGCUUUCUGAGAAACAGGUGCUAUGCAGGUAUGCAGUCUUUGGCUUGAACUUGCUCUUUGCUUCUAUAGCAACAACAGGGCUAUCUCUAAGGUGUAUUGGCCUUAUUCCUGGUUUUGUAAGAUGCAGAUUGUGCCCCUUACUGAAUGGCAGUGCCUCCGCUUGGAGGACGGUUGGGGGAAACUCAGAUGACUUGGUAUCUCUCCCUGUUGUUGCAUUGCUUAGGGGUCCGCUUCACUAUGAGAUACAAGCAGCUGCCAACCACACUGUACCCAUUUCACUACUAGUUCCGAGGCACCGCGGUGACUUUAUGUGACACAAAACCCACGCCCGUUACAAAACAGAUCUCUAUUGUUAACUUGGGAGCAUCUCACAAACAACAUUGUAAAUGUGCGAUGUUAUGUUUUAAAUCAGACCACAGUGGUCCCCAAAUGUUAUGUACAUAUGACAAAUGUCAGUAUAACUUUUUGUUACACUGACAGUUUCAUAGGUAACCAAACCUAUGCUCCAAUGUUAAAUUAUUCGUGUGUAUAUGUAAAAUGCACAAGCUUUAAAGCUGUGUGUGUACGGACAUGGAGGGUAGUGCAAUCAUACUGUAUGCAGUGGCUUAGAAUCAUUUUCAGUGGUGUUAGGUUAUGUAGUUUCAAACUCUUUGCUACAUUUUCUCUUGCACAUGCCAAUCAUUUGCUUAUUUUGUGGUGUGAAUACUCCUUCUUAGUAAUUUGGAUUCAAAGCACAAGCCUACCAUUAUUUAACAUUACCCAACAAGAGUGUUCAGUGAUGACCAAGUUCCCAUUUCACGGGCUAGACUUUUGCUGCGAUCAUUAAUGACCCCUGGGUGAGGAGGUGUGCGCUAACUUCCUUGCUCACCCGGGGUAGUGCAUGAGCCCACUGAAUUAGAGCUGCUCCUCCCAGCCAAGUGAGCCGUACACAUAGGUGCAUGUUUGAGCCAUGAAUCACAUAGAGCUGUGGAGUUUUGCCAAGUGAUGUUGCUCUUUUGUUUUUUACUAUGCAAAGAUGGGAAAUACACCAACUUUUCCAAGAUAUGUCUGAAGAACUUUACAACGAUACUUGAAUUCUUUUUUUAAUCAUCUCAUCCCAUUUUAAGGUCAUUGAUGCUUCCAUUGUUGAUUUUAUUUUUUUUCCCCCUUCAACUCGAAUGGUUUGUAAUCUUUAAAUGCACAACCUGAACGUUUGUUUGAUAAAUUCCAAUCCUGUUGGCUGCCUGUGAACAGAGAUUCUGUCAUCCUUCUAUGCCUCUUUUAGUUGAGUGUGCAUUAAAACUUUAAUUACUGUAGGAUGUUGUAGCUUUGUGCUUUGAUUGGUUUUCCUUAACUCUUGUUUCUGUGUUUUCCUGCACCAUUGGUUAAGUGGCCACGCGCCUGGUAUCCUCUGGGAUCUAGUGGUCUCAAUCCAAGGCUCACUGAAAAUCAAAGCCGUCAAUGGAGCAAAAUAAAAUCUCUGGUUAAUGGUAAA